AUGCCUCUUGAAACCCACCACCAUUCCUGUUCGGCCAAAGGCCUCUCCAGCAUCACCACCCUGAUUGUGGGUGCGACGGAGGCCAUCUUGGUCGACCCUCCCUUCCUGAUUCCCGAUGCUGAAUCUGUUGUUGGUUGGGUCAAAGCCAUGACCAAGAACAACCUCAAAGCUGUUUUUGUAACGCACCACCACCCUGACCAUUUCUUUUCGGCAAACACCAUCCUCGACGCCUUCCCCUCCGCCAAGUUUUAUGCCGCACCAUAUGUGCUCGCAGGCAUCAAUCGCGAGUAUGACGACAAGGUGAAAUACUGGCCCACCAUCUUUGGCCCGGGGAAUAUUCACAAAGCGCCCAGGAAGCCGGAAGAGUUUAACUUCAGUUUCUUUCUGUUACAGGACAACCUUGAGAGUCCGGUGAUACUUCUUGGCCCACUCCAGGGUGACUCAGUCGAUCAUACCAUUUUCUGGAUGCCAACCGAGAGGACGGUUAUUUGUGGCGAUGCAAUCUUCGGGAGAAGCACACAUCUCUGGGUCGAAGAAAUUGAAACUCCGGCUCUACUUCAAGCGUGGACUAAAACAGUAGAUCUUAUCUCGGCCCUAGAGCCGGUCAAGCUUAUUCCAGGCCACAUGGAAUCAGGAUGGCCGCUGGACACCAAGGCUGAUAUCUUCCACACCAGGAAAUACCUGGAUUUGCUCGGCGAGAAGGUGAUAUACGCUUCUACCAAGCCACAAGUUCGGGAAUUGUAUGAUAACUUCCAGAAUGCUUUCCCACAAUGUAAGAAAAACUUGGAGUUCUUCCUAGGCCACCUGUCCAAUCAAUUUGGAGAAGGGGGACAGCCCUGGGAGGAGAAUAGACAUCAUGCAGCAGAUAAGAGGACAGUCGAGGGACUGAAUGGCUAUUUGUUUUAA